AUAUCCCAAUCCAGAACAUCGCCGCCACAACUUCCCCAUGAGCGCCCUGCAAAUGUGCAAAUGGGUGGAAAUGGGGGACUAUCGGGCCAUGGGGCGGCAUAAUCAUCCCCAUAAGACACGCAUGCCCCCCUCUCACCCCCCCAAGCUGUCAAGCGUUGAAAGGAGAUUUUGUCUUUGAGAGAGAUUUGCACCUUGUACGAGUAUCUUGCGCUUAACUGGAUUCACUCGCUGUUAUUGUUAUAUUGCUUCUUCUUUUAUCGCUCAGCUCUUUCAUCAUCACCAACCAAAACCACAACACAAAACAAGUCACCAUGCGCUUCAUCUCCGCUCUCCUCGCCGGCGCCCUCGCCGUCGUGGCCGCAGCCCAGACUGGCACACAGCCAAACCCCUUCACCAACACCGACUUCACGGGUAUUGCUGCUGGGAAGCCAAUCACCAUCACCUGGACGCCAACCACCAACGGCAAAGUGAAGCUGGAGCUCGUCCACAGCGACACCGGCAACAGCGACGAUCUGAAGCCUGUUUCUACCAUUCAAGCCAGCAUCCCCAACUCUGGCUCUUUCACCUGGACCCCCUCCUCCUCCAUCGUCAACGGCGAAGGCUACGCACUCAAGAUUGUAAACGACGCCAACCCAGACGAAUAUAACUACACCCUCCAAUUCCCUAUCAAGACCGACACCGAUGCCGCCGCCCCAACCUCGGCUUCCUCCACCGCCGCCUCAUCCUCCACCGCGGUCCCAUCUUCCACCGCGAAGCCAUCCACCUCCACCACUGAGCAGUCAUCCACCACCUCCGAGGUCACCUCCACCGGCGCCAGCUCGACCACCAAGGCCAGCACCACCGCCGCCUCCACCACCAAGUCGGCCCCAGCCACCACCUCGCACGCCGCUGCGACCUCGUCUAGCAUGGGUGCUGCCGCGACCGGCGGCGCCAAGGUCGGCGCUGGACUCAUGGGCUUCGUUGGUGCUGCUAUGCUGCUGUUGUAG